AUGGGGAAACAAGAAGCAAAACAGCGCAUUGACACACAUGCGAAUGAGAUCCUCAAGACUCAGAUUGAUGCCUCUAUUGGAAUCGCUCGUUCUGUAGUUCAUUCCUGGUUGCCUGCACCUAAAGAAGGAGAAAAGCUAGAAGACGAUGAUGAUUCAUUCACACUUUAUACAACAGGUAGACCUGACAGACUCGGGUUAGGUGCAAAAUUCUUGUCUCAUGCAGAUGCUAUGCGACACACGCCAACUCCAACCACAGGCUCUAAAGAAGAAAUUCAAUUGAGAAAUAAGAUAUUGAACCAGAACCGACGUUCGGGUGCUAAAGAUCAAUAUGCCAAGAGAAAAGAAGAGAGUGAAGAUGAAGAAGAAUCGAGAACACAGAGACCAGCACCCAAGAAGGCAAAGAAGGCACAAGCAGCGGUAGAAGCCAAGCCUGGUCCAACAAAAAAGAUUGGCCAACAAGGAGACUUCUUGUCAAUAAAAAAAACGAUUGCUUCUCAAGACAUGUUCUUCCAAGCUAUCGAUACAAUACUUAUUGAUCUUUUGUGGGGGACAUUCUUAAUCAUAUGUAGAUAA